AUGCGACCUUUGAAGCUCGACUCCCAGUCAGUAUCAGCUGCUGCAAAGACUCUCAGCCUUUCCUUUGCCUCAGAUCCUCUCAUCUGCUGGCUCAACCGAAACCCAAACGGCCCAGGCUGGGAAAGCCUCCAACCUGCCCUGCAGCAAUGGCAAGAAGCGCGGGUUCGCGAGUAUGCUGUACGCGGGAUUGGGAUGGAAGCUGUCACUGGGGAUGAAAAUCCUAUUAGUCUCGGCGUUUGUUUCUUGUUCCCGCCUAAAUCGCAGUAUCGGUGGUUAAACCCUCUGUGGUGGCCCGCCUACUUGAGAGUGCUCUGGGACCAGUACUGGGUGAAACCGAGGGAGCCAUUUGCAGAUCAAAAGCGAGUUGAAACCAUGAUGGACACGCAUUAUGCAUCUGCCAAACAGAUCAAAAGCAGAUAUCCUCCCAACUCGCUCUACUAUCUGGAGAUUGCAGCAGUCCGACCUGACACGCAGGGAAUGGGAGUCGGCGGGUCGAUCAUGAGAUGGGUGGUCGACCAGCUUGGUGAUUCACCUUGUUUCUUGGAAUGCACGAACCAGAAGAAUAUCGGAUUUUAUGAGAAAUAUGGGUUCAAGUUGGUGGAUGAGAAAAGGCUCAUGGGUCCGAGUUCCUCAACAAGUACCACAUUUUAUUACAUGGUGAGGUAA